AUGACUCCGGGUUUGUCUGUUGGGAUGAAGCGUUUUACGUACGUUUGCUUAAGCCUCUUGACUGUAAUUGUGCUGCCGGUGUCUUUGGGGGAAAUGUACACGUCCCUUCUGAACGUAAAACAGGCGAUUAGUGUAGAAAGGAAGCUGGUCGGUUAUUUGCGGACUUACAUUGACCAGGAGUUGGAGAGGCUGGAGGACAUCAGACGCUUUUAUGCCAAAGUGUCGGACCUGCACAAGGAACUUUACAAUGAAGCGGGAAGUGCCAUGGCGAACCCGUUGGUAGCGUUUACCCUGAUCAAGCGCCUGCAUUCAGAGUGGCUGAAUGUGGUCUACAGCAACGAAGCCCUGGAGAAUGCACAAGCCCUCAGAUCCAGUUUUGAGGAGGAGGAAGCUGAUCUACCCAAGCUGGAAGACCUCCAGGGGGCCGCGAAUGGGCUCAUGAGGCUGCAGGACGUGUACGCUCUCCAAGUCGCGAGCCUUGCAAGGGGUCGAUUCCAGAGAGUCACCAACGGACAGACUGUAGACAUUUACCUGCCUGCAGUGUCUGUCCCACUGUCUGGUGAUGACUGCUUCUUAGUUGGAAAGGUGGCCUAUGAGCAGAAAGAUUACUACCACUCAGUGCAGUGGUUGGAGGAGUCGGUGCGUCUCUUCAGGGCAGCAGAAGUCGGGUGGAGUCCUGAGAAUGAAGGAACGUUAGAAGAUGCUCUGGAUCAUCUGGCCUUCUCCCACUUCAAAACGGGAAAUUUUUCCUACGCCCUGAGUCUGUCUCAGGAGUUACUGCAUCAUGAUCCAACGAAUGGACGGCUUUUGCAGAAUGUAGAGGAAUAUGAGAAGCUGCUGGUUGCUGCCAGUCCAGCCACCGCCGAUGGGCUGAGGAGACCAACCUGCACCUAUUUAAGAACCAGGGACACUUAUGAGAGACUCUGCCAGACACAAGGCACUCAGGUAUCCAUCACAAGUAAUCAGCCAAUCCAAUUUGAGAACCCUGAGCUGUUCUGUGACUACUUCACCAACGACCACCCUGCGCUACUACUGCUGCCGCUAAAGCGUGAAGUGCUGCGCUUGCAGCCGUUUGUGGUCCUGUACCACACUUUCGUCACUGAUGCAGAGGCUGAAGACAUUAAGAGAGCUGCCCAGCCAGGCCUGAGAAGGUCAGUAGUGGCGGCAGGGGAGAAACAAGCAGCAGCUGAGUACCGCAUCAGUAAGAGUGCAUGGCUAAAAGGCUCAGCCCACUCCAUCGUUGGGAAGCUGGACCACAGGAUCUCCAUGCUCACAGGUCUAAAGGUGCACCACCCAUACGGCGAGUACCUCCAGGUGGUCAAUUACGGCAUCGGUGGCCAUUAUGAGCCUCACUUUGACCACGCUACAUCACCUUCCAGUCCCGUGUUCAGGCUAAAAACUGGCAAUCGAGUGGCAACUUUUAUGAUUUAUCUCAGCUCUGUGGAGGCAGGUGGGUCCACGGCCUUCAUCUACGCCAACUUCAGCGUUCCUGUUGUGGAGAAAGCUGCCAUCUUUUGGUGGAAUCUCCGCAGAAAUGGCCAAGGAGACGUAGACACCUUGCAUGCUGGCUGUCCUGUGCUCAUUGGAGAUAAAUGGGUGGCAAACAAAUGGAUCCACGAGUUUGGCCAAGAGUUCCUUCAUCGCUGCAGCCUGAAUCCUGAAGAGUGAGAGGGGUGGAGCAUUCGCUGGGCCCCUUUGAGUUAGAGCACCUCCCAGACGGAGAGAUGGAGGCAGCCAGAGAGUGAGCACACAGGCGGAGGAGGCGAGAGGAGAAACAGGGCAACCUGCGUCUGUGAUUGGCCCUCCAGGCUCCAGGGAGCCUGCGGCAUACGCUGGACAUUGCUUCAUGGAUCGCGCAGGGUUGAGAGGUGGGGUGGAAGAGGAGUGGAACAGUUGGCAAUCAGCCCCUAGACACCAAAUGCUGUCCUGUUCGUAUUGGCUGGGUCCUGCAGAUGGCGUGAAGCCUCUGCCUUUGCAGACUGUGCUGGAUUCAGUCAACUAUGCAAAGCUGUUUAACUCCUGCUGGCCUAAGAACAUACAUUAUGCAGAUGUUUUCCUACACUGGGCCCAUAGACGGUCUCUCCCUACAAAUCAACACAACUGAGUUGGUCCAGACUGUCAGAACUUUAUUUAAAUAAAUGUAAAUUCAAGUUGAUGUGAAGUAGCAUCUUGAAAUUCUAACCUUGAAUAUACAAUUGAAUUGAAUUAAUAAAAUGUUGUUUGUGUGUUUCAGAUUAACAACUACUCACCAAAUGUUUUAAAAUAGUUUAUUUUCUUCUCCCAGAAUAUAAACAGACAUUUUUGUUAAAGUCUGAGAGCUGACUCAAAGAGGCCAAAGUGUGCCUGUUUAUUCCCAGCUGGCUGAAUGAUGUGGUCACUGCCACUUUUGAGUCAGUGUGGUUGAUGCAACUGCCUAAUGGAACAACUGAACCAUAUCUGUAAGCUUUGUUCUGAGUUUUAGAGUCUGACUGUCAUUAAUCAUCUUAGGAACCAAGUUACUGGACACACGUAUGUUCUGUUCCGUAGGAAUUCUUCACACCACUCAGAUUUCAGUUUUUUUUAAACUGAUGAAUACAAGUAGGUCACAACCCACCUUCAAGCAAACCGUCUCAUAUGGGAUUUAUUUGGGUCUUCUUACGUAGUACUUGAGGGAUCAGGUUUGAGAAAUAAGUAAUAGAUUUUCCUACACAAAGUGCUAUGAGUUAUUUGUAGCUCACCACAGUGCAGACAAACACUUGUCAUGAGACCAUAUAGUAAAUCUAUCACUAGUUUAACCUUUUGGUCGUAAAAACAACAACAGCAGCUACUUUGUCUACAUUGAUAGAAAUGAAUAACUAUUUUUUCGUUUGUAUUCUUUCUGUCUCACUCAGGAACAGUAUUAAUUCAUUCCAGUUAAAGAGCUAUAGUCCACAUAUCACUGACUGAGAUUAACUCUUUUCACAUGCCCAUCAUAAAACCUGGAGUUGUACUUUUCCCUGCUCUCAAAGGACUUUGCUCUGCCCUCUUCUUGUGGACCCCAACAGUGUUUUACCUUGAUCACCACAACAAACAUGGCUACAGGACUUGUUGCUAAGUGAGCACUGUCUAAAAUGACUUUUAGUCACAAUAUGAACAUAAUUCACAGCAUCAGGCCUCAUAAUAAUAUAACUUUGCUUCCCUCUGCUGGUGGUGAAGGGAAUGAACUCUGCAUUGAGUCAUUAUAAUGUUUUUGGUGUAAUUACCUUAUUCACAUUUCCUUAAUACAUUGAACCCUUAUUGAUUUGGCCAAAACAGUAUAUUUGAUCAUUUUUUGAUUAAAUUAAUUUUCUGUGUAUUUUCGACCAAAUUCUCAUAAAGGCAUAUUUGCUGGUUUCACUA